UGCCAUAAACUGCAACCGGAUCCACUGAUACACACUGCACGGGGAAUAAGUGACGCAAGACAUUGUUGGUGUAAUAUAUUGUCCGAAUCCCUUCAUCUAGCUUUGGUACGACUGCUGGACUGCUAUUACAGCUACAACUUCUAACUUUCCCAUCUCACAAUCAUCGAUAUUUCUGAAAAGUUCGUCAACCUCGGCAUCUUCUUGUUCCUGAUAGAUGUUUGCCUGCCUGCUUGACUUUACCCAAAAGGUCAAGUUGCCCACCGUCUAGAUCUCAUAGCUGCAUAGGCGAAGCCGAAACACACCAUUGGAUCCAACGACCCCGGAAGCAGAGAACAGGAACAGACGAGGCGAUUCGCCCCAGUGUCCAGAAUUUAGUCGGAGCACCUCCCCUCCCCUGCUACUUACCGAGACGCUAUACCGGCCAUUCCAUUUAGUUUCUACUUGGGAUUUAAGCCUCGAAAUCGACUUAUUCUAUAAUCGAUCGGUGGUAAACUACCAUUCCUCGGUGAGGUCAGCUAGGCUGUACUGGAGUACUCAGGCACUGAGCUGUGCUGCACUACAUUGCACCACCGGAUUGGUUUCUCCGUUGAGCGCCUGCCUGAUUUUCCCAUUCGCCCUGGCUCCUACACCUUUCCAACAGCAGGGAGCAGCUACAUCUUUAUUUUAACACGACCGUCUCUUUUAUCACCCAUUCCCUUCGACAUCGUGUUCCUGAAUAUAGGUUCUUCUUGCAUCUUCCCCUGGACCGUUCCUUUCCUGGCCACCACUGGUCUCAGAUGUUCUGGAACAUCUACACCCCCAUCUCAACCAAUCCGGCUAAGCACCCCCUCUCUGUGCCCGCUUCAGAUCUCCCGAUCUCCGGAGCUGAACGCUCAAUUCCCAUCGAGCGAGCUCCUCGAUCUCGACUUUCUCUCAAACGCGGCUCAAUAGUCUGGUGCUUUUCUCUGACAGCCAGUGACAAACAGCUCAGCCACACCGGCCUAGUUGUGCCGCUGUAACCCCAGGUCCCACGCCUCAGAGUACAGUCUCAACGGUCUUGCAGGAUCAAGAUGGACGAACCAAGCCAGGACUUUGGCGACCAAGCCCAGAGCUUUCAAAACAACUUUCCCCUGACAACCGACGAUGCCAAUAUUGAUCCAUUACUCAACUGCACAACGGGAGCUCAGGUGUCCCCGAUUGUUAGCAAUCCCAUGGACAACCAGCUUCUCAUGGGCUCUGACAUGUGGAACCCGAUGAACAACCCCGUCCACUUCUUCCCUCCCUCCAUGCCAGCAAUGGCACCAACAGCUUUGAACAACAGUCCAAAAGUGCCUACCGAUACGCCUUCAACCCCAGAAACUCCAUUCAGUGAGCCCACAUCUGGCGGCCCAACACGGCAAUCGAGUAAAUCGUCUAUCCCUUCUGUCGAUUUAGUCAACACCGACACCAAACCUCGGCGCAGCAGCAGAGUUACCAAGACACAACGUCAACAGCCACCGGUGGAACCUGUCGCCAAGCCGCGCCAAAGAAGAGCAUCCAAGGAGCCAUCGUUGAAGGAGGAAGAUGAGGGCGAAGAUGAUGGACUGGAUGAGACGGCCAAACGCAGCAAGUUCCUUAAACGUAACAGGAUCGCUGCGUCCAAAUGUCGUCAAAAGAAGAAGGAGUGGAUGAGUCAAUUGGAGGAAACCCGGAAAGAUUUGGAGGGUGAGAACAACGCCCUGCACAAACAGUACAACGGCCUCGUGGACGAGUUGAGCACCAUCAAGAAUCAACUCAUGCAGCACUCAUCUUGCAAUGAUGCCAACAUCGACCAAUGGCUUGACAACGAGGCAAGGAAAUACGUUCAGCGUAUUGCAGCGCAGAGCACACAGCCUCCUCCAGUACCGCCACAAAAUAGACCUGGUGAAUUUUACAAUACGCAUCGUCGUAGCUCAAGUGUUGCCACCUCUAUACCGCGAUCGAUAGAAUCAGAAAUCAUCUACGACCACGUGCCGGAUAACCUUGUUAAUUCGAGACAUCGAGUGUAAUUCGAUGUGGUGGAUAGCUGACACACCGACGGAGAAUGGUGGUUUGAGUUUAGAAGCCAAGCUAGACCCAACUCCACACGGAUACAACAGCCUUGCUAUUGCGACUUUGAAAUUCCUUCGACUCGACAACGGAAGACAUCGACAUGCCGGACCUUGAGUCAAAGCUGGAUGAAUGUCCUCAGGACUGCGACGUACACGACGACGAAAAGAAAAUUACCGGGCGAGAUGGUUCACUGGAAAGAUACCCUUACAAAACCUGGUUAUGAUGCGGCAAGAUUAUUACGAUUGGCCAUCCCCAUAACAGGGAGAGGUGAUAUGGCGUUGACUGUGCUGAAAGGAGUUUGGCAAAAGGGGUAUGGGCAAGGAGAUAUUUUAUGAUUUGAUGCUUUCAUGAUAUGAUCUGAUUUGUGCAGUUGGGAUGUAUGAUUUGCUAAUCUGGGCUGACGAGUAUCAAGUUCUCGUGGCAGCUGGUUUGAUUCUUAGCCCUUGGCCGAUAGUUUGGUAGGGCCCCUAGGGAUAACCCAAGGAGAGGAAUCCAAGGGAAUAGCGUCCUGUUACUAUGACAGGAUGCCUUGAGUGCUUUCAGGGUGGGAGAUAUGGACAUAUACCAUGACGGAAGGUAGUGUAGCGCAAAAAAAAAGAUUCAAACCUGAAGAAGGAAAUGAUAGCCAUUCUGAGCAAAUGGUUCGCAGGCAACUAGCUUGUGACCCAAGAGCUCGUGAUCGAGAUGAUCGCUGUCAUCGUAAAUGUCAGGAACGUUUGCCCACGUGGGAAAGAUCUGUAUUUUUCAAGGGCAAUAUCUUGUUAAGGGAAAGGUUGGGGUCUCGG